AUGGCUUCCUCGACUCAUAAAUCUCCAAGUUUGCAUGCCGCUGAUGACACUUUUUAUGAUUCUGUCAAUGAUGAUCCUCUGCUCUCACCAUCUGAGCAUAAUGGCCAGAUGAAAGAUUCACAAGAGGAAGCCUGGAAAUCUGAUCUACUAAGACUAGAAGAUGAAAUAAAGACUUUGAAGUCUGUUCUGUCAACGAAAGAGAGACAGGCCGGGGAGUUGAAACGUCGUUUGGGCAUAACUCCAAUGAUGGAAUUUAAACAAGAUCUAUCCCACAGCAUUAAUGCUAUCAAAGAAUCUGAUACUUAUCAAAAGACGAAUGCUGCUUUCAGAUCAUUUGGAGCUUUUGCCUCAAGAAAAAUGGGAGAUUUUCGAAACUCAUCUGCAUUCAAAUCAGUUGAAGAUAAAGUCGGCGGAGCCUAUUCCUCGGUCAAGCAAUCGAAAUCGUUGCACAACUUGAGACCAGUUCAGAACCAGUUUGUGAGCAGUCGUUCAACAGAGAACUUCGACCAGCCCCCGACAGAUUAA